CUACGGCGACGAUUCCCAGGAGGAACCCGGGAGGAAAGCGGGACAGAGGGGUCCCAAGGGGACAGCAGGGCAGUGAGGCUUGUAGAGCGAGAGGGGUGGGCAGGGGAAGCAGAAGCAGUAGGCACAGAGGGGCGCCCCGAGGCUGGAAGGACACCGGAACCAGAGCUACAACCUAGUGGUUCAGUGGCGCCAGACCAGACAGCCCCGGCACAGCCAGCAGCCUCGGAACACGAGCCAGAACCAGAACCCCUGACCAAGGAACACCCCAGGCCACAACGCACACGGAGGCGGCCAGCAGACCUUGGGGACUACGAAUGCAACUUCCCGGGCAGGACUGGAACUUAGAGGGGAGGGGUGUUAUGUACUGAGCUGAAUCCUAGAACAAAUCGUGGAUUUGAGACCUAUGUUGGGCAAAUGAUUCCUGCCUUGUAGGGGGUUGGACUAGAUGACCCUUGUGGUCCCUUCCAACUCUACAGUUCUAUGAUUUUAUUAAAUAAAUAGGGCUGUGAUAAGGUAUACCAGGAGCAAUUUGCCUGCUUGGCGGUGUUGGAAGCCACCUUUUGGGGGCUUUCUUUGAGCUCAAAACCUUAUACUGUAUAUAAUUGUGGAGUUGGAAGGGGUUCCGAGGGUCAUCUAGUCCAACCCUCUGCAAUGCAGGAAUAUGCAGCUGUCCCAUACGGGGAUCGAACCUGUGACGUUGACGUUCUCAGCACCACGCUGUAACCAACUGAGCUAUGCAUGUACCUUGUCUUCCAACAAAAUAUGCCCAGAGGCAGCUUGUGUUUGCAAAGUGGCGAGGCAGAGAUGACUUUCUGCACAUGCUCAGAAGUGUGCUUACUAGUUUCCAAGGGCUCAAAUCAGGCCAUCCUUGCUCCCUAAUCCUUCAAGAAUGAGCACAAAUGCAAGGUCUCCCGCCUCCCUCAAUCUCUUGCUGAGCUCAGCCUUCCUCAAUAGGAGCAGAGCCAUAAGGAUGGCUGAGCAAUGUUCUCCGGCUUGCUAGGAAAACAUCUGGGAUUCUGGAGAGACAUUUUGCAGAACGUUCCACUGCCACAAGCUCUGAGCCAGUGGAGGGAGCCGGCAAACGGCCAGAAAUUUUGCAGAAGGAAAACAAAGUCUAGCCCUCAAGGCAAAACAAAAUGUACGCAAGGUGGGUUUGGCCUGUUCGUCAUAGAAUCAUAGAGUUGGAAGAGACCACAAGGGCCAUCCAGUCCAACCCCCUGCCAAGCAGGAAACACCAUCAAAGCAUUCUUGACAUAUACCUGUCAAGCCUCUGCUUAAAGACCUCCAAAGAAGGAGACUGCACCAUACUCCUUGGCAGCAAAUUCCACUGUCGAACAGCUCUUACUGUCAGGAAGUUCUUCCUAAUGUUUAGGUGGAAUCUUCUUUCUUGUAGUUUGAAUCCAUUGCUCCGUGUCUGCUUCUCUGGAGCAGCAGAAAACAACCUUUCUCCCUCCUCUAUAUGACAUUCUUUUAUAUAUUUGAACAUGGCUAUCAUAUCACCCCUUAACCUUCACUUCUCCAGGCUAAACAUGCCCAGCUCCCUAAGCCGUUCCUCAUAAGGCAUCGUUUCCAGGCCUUUGACCAUUUUGGUUGUCCUCCUCUGGACACGUUGUCAGUAUCCUUCUUGAACUGUGGUGCCCACAACUGGACACAGUACUCCAGGUGAGGUCUGACCAGAGCAGAAUACAGUGGUACUAUUACUUCCCUCGAUCUAGACACUAUACUCCUAUUGAUGCAGCCCAGAAUUGCAUUGGCUUUUUUAGCUGCUGCAUCACACUGUUGACUCAUGUCAAGUUUGUGGUCUACCUAGUUUGUGGUCUCCUAGAUCCUUUUCACAUGUACUGCUCUCAAGCCAGGUGUCACCCAUCCUGUAUUUGUGCCUUUCAUUUUUUUUUUUUGCCCAAGUGUAGUACUUUACAUUUCUCCUUGUUAAAAUUCAUCUUGUUUGCUUUGGCCCAGUUGUCUAAUCUGUUAAGGUCAUUCUGAAGUGUGAUCUUGUCCUCUGGGGUAUUAGCCACCCCUCCCAAUUUGGUGUCAUCUGCAAACUUGCUCAGGAUGCCCUCAAGCCCAUCAUCCAAGUCAUUGAUAAAGAUGUUGAAUAAGACUGGGCCCAAGACAGAACCCUGUGGCACCCCACUAGUCACUACUCUCCAGGAUGAAGAGGAGCCAUUGAUGAGCACCCUUUGGGUUCGGUCAGUCAGCCAGUUAAAAAACCACUGAAUGGUAGCAUUGUCUAGCCCGCAUUUUACCAGCUUCUUUACAAGAAUAUCAUGGGGCACCUUGUCAAAGGCCUUGCUGAAAUCAAGAUAGGCUAUAUUCACAGCAUUCCCUUCAUCUACCAGGCUUGUAAUUCUGUCCAAAAAUGAGAUCAGAUUAGUCUGACACGACUUAUUUUUCAGAAACCCAUGCUGACUUAUUUUUCAGAAACUCAAGCAGCAACACCAGGAUUCCUAGGAGGGGGGUGGCUCCUGAAGAGAGGUGCAAACUUAUACGUGCUUGGGUUGCAGGCCAACCCCUCCACCCUCCGCAUUAGAUUGGUAGAGAAAAGGACCGGCGCUGGGUCCUUUCGGUGCCCAGACAUGUGCAGAGCCGGCACCGGAAGUCGCUUCUGCGCAUGUCCAGACAUGCGUAGAAACGACUUCCGGUGCCACACCGCUGGGUGAGUCUGUGAUCCCUUAUUUUUCAAUGCUGAACUUGGCAGCUAUGCAGGAAAACACAACAACGAAGGGCAAGAACAGCUGCUAGCUCUGGGAGCUUAGCGGUGUAGCCCCUUCCCUCCGGGGAAACCAGGUCCCUGCCGUCCGUCUGCCGCGUUAAGAACGUAAACUCAACGGGUGACAAAAGAGCGGGAAAGACAACUCGGUGCAGGAAGGUCACAGAAGCGCAUUUUGACUGCAAGGAAAGAUCCGAAAGUAAGCAGCCUCCUCACACCAAGCGCCCCCACCCGGCUGCAUUAACUGAUGCAGGAGCGCAUCGUUGCUGCGGCAUCGUCGAACAUAGCGCGUGCGCAGUUGCGCUCUGGUCUCUCCAUUCCUCCCUCCUUCCUAAAAGACGACGGUGCGAGAGGCUGAAUUGGGGGCGGGGCUUCCAGAGGAUCCUACGCGAGAGACCAGCCCCACCUUCACCGACUGGGCGGGGCAUGAGCUUGCUUCCUCCGCUCUUGUUGGAUCACGUGAACGGAAGUAGUGUUCAAUCAUUAGCCCCGACCUGCCCGUGCUUGCGUUCUGCUCUCCUAGAAGAUGACAGCUAUGCUGUCCAAUAAGAAGGCAGCGUGGGGCGCGCGGUGGGGGGCGGCCUGAGAGCGCGAGUUCGGAACUUUGGUUUAACUUUGGAGCGGAGCAUCUACUUGGAGUUCUGCAGAGUUCCCUCCAUUAGAAAACAGAGCUGGCCACAGUGUACUUGGUGAAUACAUCAGAUGUUUAGUUCCCCCCACCUUGUGUCUGGUGAGGGAAAACUUUAAGACUUCUCUGCCUUGGCAUGAAGUGCACAAUUACUGGGGGCAAUGUGAAAGCCCUGGGGAAAGCGGUGCACUCUCUUUCCCGUGUCGGAGAUGAAAUCUACAUUGAGCCUCUUCAAGAAGGGCUCUCCUUGCGUACAGUCAAUGCGUCCCGCUCGGCCUACGCCUGCUUCCUGUUUGCCCCGCUCUUCUUCCAGCUCUACCAGCCAGGGGAAUCGGAAUCUGACUUGGAUGCAGGUGGUUUCCGGUGCAAAGUGCUCAUGAAGUCUUUCCUGGCUAUCUUCCGCUCACUCCCCUCACUGGAGAAGACGGUGGAGAAAUGCCUCAUCUCGCUCAGUUCCCACGCUAGCCGGUUCCGUGUGCAGCUGUACUGCAAAUAUGGUGUCAUCAAGACCCAUGACUUGUCUUUCCAGGACUGUGAAUCCCUGCAGGCAGUCUUUGACACAGGGCAGUGUGCUCAUGCUCUUCAUGCCCCUCCCAGGCUAUUGGUGGAUGCUGUGGUGCAUUUUCCAUUGACACAGGCUGAGGUGACUCUGGGUGCCAGCCCUUCUGGGAAGGUGACCUUGCGCAGUUACCUGGAAGAAGAGACAGAGCCCAGCCGGAUGAUGGUGACUGAGCUCUGUUUGAGCGAGGACGAGUUCCAGGCCUUCCAUGUCAAGGAAGAGACGCAAGUCACUUUCUGCCUCAAGGAAUUCCGAGGCCUCCUGAGCUUUGCUGAGUCCUCAAAUCUCCCCCUCAACAUCCACUUUGACAUCCCUGGCAGGCCGGCUAUCUUCACCCUGGAGGACCCUGUGCUGAACGUGCACCUGGUCUUGGCCACUCUGGCUGAGAGAGAGAAUUCACAGAAGAACAACAACAGCACAUCCAAGCCUGCUUACGAUUUUGCCGGUGAUGACAUCGAUGCCUACAUGAUAGCCAUGGAAACCACCUGCGAUGGCACAGAGGGAGCAGAAGCCCCUCCCAGCCCCACCUUCCCCUCAAGACGCACCUUUUCCGAUACAAGGGAGUUGGAAAGCGAUCCUGAGGGAACUGUGCCUGGCACACCGCCACAAAAAAGGUUCCGCUCCUUGUUCUUUGGGUCCGUCCUCAGCCCGUCACAGCCCCUGGUCCACUCAUGUACAAGCCAAGAGGUGUUGGCAGAAGACAGUGAGGGAGAAACGUGAGAGGUCCCCCAGCUACUGGUGCAUGAUAAGACACCUCUACUGCUAGCUUGAGCCCUCUUUUGGGUUGGAUCCCAGGCUGCCCCUCUUCAGCAAUCCUGCUGCUCCCCAGAGAAUCAACGCUGAAUUGUGUGGUCCUUCCAUCAUGGAGAAAAAAAACCUUCUGUAGAUAGAAUCACAUUGAGACAGACACACAGGUCUACCUUCUUAACUAAAGUAUUACUGCACGUCUUUGAAAAGAAGGAGGAGGCUGCGAGAGAUUAGACCUUCCUCCAGUGGGUUUGUGGCUAACAUCCAUAGACGUAGAAUACUUAUUUUCUAAUAAAUUUUUUUUGAUGUUUUGACUAUGGUGUGAAUUGUUGCUGUGGUUAUCCAUCAGUUGCUGUAGCCUUCUUUUUACUGCCUUCCACUCCACUCCCUUCUUGAGCUAGCCUUCUCUUCCACCCUUGUAAUUAACCUGUUUCAUUGCUAAACCUGUAAUUUAGCUGUCGGGCAGAUGGGAAUUGAAGGCUGAUUACAGGAAAGGGAUCUGUAGCAGCCAGGGUGGUAUUAGUAAACUGCAGUACUAUGUAAAGCACAGCAGGUAGCAAAGGAGAGCAUAGCUAUUUCCUCUUCUGCAGGCAGCUGAAUAUAUUUCAGCCCUAACUACAAGCAUCAGAAUCAUUGGCAAAUGUACUUUGCUAUCCUCUGCUGCCACAAUAUAAGGCACUUUAAGAAGUCCGUCCCUCUGGUAAAACAAUGGCGCCCAUCCACAGUGCAGGCCUGAUGUCUUUUCCAGAUGGAAUCCAGGGGAGGAAGUCAGCAUUGUGCACUUAUCACAUUUUGGCUUGCCAGGUAGAACAAUCCUCAUCCUGUGCUGCUCUAGGGGUUCUCACAACACCUCCCAGAGCUUAUUUUGCAAUGGGGGAACAGUGUUGUACAAGCGGAAAUCCUUGCGCAAUUUCCACUGGUGGGAUUCAUCAGCUGAAUCCCACUCCUAAUGCAGAACCAAUCCCCACCCUGUCAGUGUAGCUCAAAAUGCUGUUAGCUAUCUAAUAAGAACUCUUGCAUUUUUUGGCCCAAACUCUCUGUCCUUAGUAGGCCUCUAGCUCUAUUCUACUAGAUAGGCACAGCUUCCCGUGUCCUGCCUUGCUUUUUGCUUAAGACACACAGGAUUGUCUUGGCUGAGGACCACAGCUAAUUCCUACAAACUGCUGAUAACUGUGCUGUGGCUUGGGAUUUAACUAGAGAUUAAGCAAGCAACAACAGACCAAUUCACAUUAAGAAGGCAGGGGCAAAGGCUCCCUUAAACAGCUUACGGCGAGGAGGUGGUGUUACAUAACUCUUGUUAGGAGUAUCAUGUGUUAAAAGUAUCCUGGGAGCUUUCAGGACAGCCCUACUGGAAUCAAAAUUGGGUGCAUUAGUAUACAUUAUUUUACCGAUUCCUAAUCCACUGGUCUGUGUGAGCUAAUGGAUGUAGAAGAAACUAAAAUAAGGACCUUGUCUGCAUCUUUAGGGUCCCUUGCACAGCUCAUGCUAUUCAUACCACAUACACUUACGCUCUUCAGAGCUAGGAAGCCUUCAUGCCUCUACGAAAGGGGUUGUCUUACCACAUAGUAACCACUGCAUAGCUCAGCUUCUCUAUUCCAUUUAAAGCUUGCAGGCAGUGCAGGUAGGUGAGGAGAGAAAGAUAUAGGGGGUGGUUAGUGAAGAAAACUUGGGACUACAGAGAUACCAAAGCAAGCCAGUGUUUCAACAUGAAAGUCUUAAAACUAGUAAGCAAAUGAACCUGCAAGGGUAGUCACAAAUGGCUCCAUGUCAGCCAAAGUGCAAAGGGAUUUUAGCAGGCAAAAUAUGGAAAGGUAAUUGGGGAUAGAGGGCAAGAUGUCUUUUAAGAUGCUUUGUCUUGAUCGUGUAACUUGCUCCAGCCUUGCUGCACCAAAGCCCCAUCUGGCCCAGCAUCCCAUAUGCCUCUGGGAAGCUCAUGGCUGCACUCUCCCUACUUUAAGAUUCCCAACAGCUGGUAUUGCAGAGGCAUGCCACCUCUACUACAGCUAUCAGUAGCCCUACCCUCCAUGAAUUUGCCUAAUCCCCUUUUCAAGCCAUCAAAGCUGUUGGCCAUCACUACAUCUAAUGGAAGCAAGCUCCACCGUUUAGCUAGGCACUGUGGAAGGAGGACUUCAUUUUAUCUGUCCUGAAUCUUCACACAUCCUCUCCUCCAUACCUCCUAAGGAGAGCUUGUUU